AAGAAUAUAUAUAAAGAGAGUCAGUGUAUGUAACUGAUAAUACUCAACUGCCGUCGUUACUACUGCUCAGUCGUCUUCGCAAUGGCGAGCUAUUCAUUUCUUGGAGUUGCUUAUGUCUUUAUUUUUGUUGUCACAAAUAGUUGCGCUGACGAUAAAUUAUCUUUUCCCAAAGAUUUUCUAUUUGGUACGGCCACAUCCGCUUAUCAAAUAGAAGGAGCUUGGAAUGAAGGGGGUAGAACUGAAAGUGUUUGGGACCAGUGGACACACGAACAUCCAAAUGUAAUAGUUGAUGGUAGCAAUGGCGAUGUGGCUUGCGAUUCCUAUCACAAAUAUAAAGAAGACGUACGAAUAUUAAAGAACAUGGGGGUUAAUUUUUACCGAUUUUCUCUGAGUUGGACACGUAUCUUACCAACUGGUUACGCUAAUGUGAUUAAUCAAGAAGGACUCGAUUAUUAUAAAAAUCUUAUUAACGAAUUAUUAGCGAAUGAUAUCGAGCCAUUUGUUACUUUGUAUCAUUGGGAUCAUCCAGUCAUCUUUGAAAGUAUGGGUGGAUGGACCAAUGAAAUGAUGGUCGAAUGGAUGUCUGAGUACGCAAGAGUUGUUUUCAAAGAACUCGGCCCCAAGAUUAAAUAUUUUAUGACUAUCAAUGAACCUACCGUUGUUUGUGAUGAGGGGUAUUUUGAAGGCACAAAAGCGCCAGGAAAGAAAUUAGGCUAUAUUGGCAAAUACUUAUGCAUGCAUAAUAUUUUGAAGGCUCAUGCCAAGAUUUAUCAUAUCUAUGACAAAGAAUUUCGAAAACAGCAGAAAGGCUACAUCGGUAUAGUUCCGGCUUGUACGGGCGCAUUUCCCAAAAAUCCUUUUGAUACCCAAGCAGUAGAUGCAUUUUUCCAAUUUAGUUGUGGAUGGGUCUCUCAUCCUAUUUUUUCAAAGACUGGUGAUUACCCAGAAAUUAUGAGAAAUCAUAUAACUGAGAAUAGUAGAUUGGAUGGUUUUUCGAAAUCGAUUUUGCCAGUAUUUUCGCCAGAAUGGGUGCAGUAUAUUAAAGGUACAGCGGACUUCUUUGCAUUAAAUCAUUAUACUUCGAGAAUUGUGGAAACAGUGCCACGAGAACAAGGAAAGGCGUGGUAUGAUUAUUCCGGCGUGAAAGCGACUAUGGAUCCGUCAUGGCCAAAAAGCGCUUCGAAUUGGCUCAAAGUUGUACCCGCUGGUUUUCGAGAGAUUAUCAAGAAGAUUUCAAGUGAAUAUGAUUACCCAACUAUUUUUAUUACGGAGAAUGGUUUCUCUGACAGAUGUUGUACUUUUGAUUAUUUAAGAAUAUCUUACUUGCAUUCCUAUAUGAAGGAAAUGUUAAUCGCCAUUCAUGAAAGUGGAUGUAAAGUAAAGGGAUAUGCUGCUUGGAGUCUAUUAGAUAAUUUUGAAUGGGCUAGGGGUUAUACAGAACGGUUCGGAUUAGUAAACGUCAAUUUUACGGAUCCUAAUCGAACGAGAACUCCAAAAUGGUCAAUGAAUUGGUAUAAAAAUGUCAUUAAAACUGGGAAGCUUCCUGAUGAGUAUCUAGUCACAACAAAUAUUGUUUAAAUUUUAAAUUACAUGCAUAUCUAAACAGAUAUGUUGGAUAGUAUUAUAUUAAAAAAACAAAAAAAUAUUGUUUUUAUAUAUUAAAUGUUACUUUUUUAUAUUAAAUGUUACUCUCGUGUAUUUUAUUUUCAUGACAUUGGUGACACUGUCAUCAAUAAUGUUUAUAAGUAGAAAUAAAUAGAAAUACGUGUUUCAUUAAAUUCUUUGUCAUCAAGACCGUUCAAAAGAACACAAUAAAGUAACAUAAAGUACUGACUAAUUUUACUUAUAAAUAUUAUUAAAAAUAUUUACUUAAAAACAUAAAACAUAAAAAGAUUGAAUAAAGAUUGAAUAAUUCGCUAUCCUUUUGAAAUACUUUUGAACUGGUUGACAUAUUUAUAAUAUUGGUGGACAAAAGUUUUUUUUAAUUUGGUAUCUUUAAUCAGAAUAGGCGUCUCUUAAAGUUUUUUACCUGAUAUAUCUGAAUUUGUAAGUGAAAAUGUCUUAACACGUUAUAUUUUCGAAAAGACAUUAAAACUAAACAAAAGUUUUUAAUUUUUCUCAAAAACUUGAUGUGUAAAAACAUUUUUACUUACGUAUUCAAAUUUAGCUCGUCGAAACUGAGAAACUUAUUUUAAUUAAACUUACUUGACGUAAAAUUUUGGUUAGUCUUAUUUAUAUGUUAACAAUAUAUAUACAUAGAUAUAUGAAUAUACAUGUAUACACAUAUAUAAUAAAGAUGAUUAAAUAUGUAAUAUA